AUGCACGACCUCUCACCGGUGAUCCUAGACGGAGUCAAAGUCAGUCAGACGGCACUCAACUCGUUCCCCGACGCGAACUACGGUAAUGUCAUUUGGCAGACACUGCUCUCCAGGCCGAGUACCUGCUCAGACUCGAUGUGUGCGGGGAUCGCGACUUGUCCAUCUAACGGGACACUCGCUCUCCACCAGCACACUCAGGCAGAGAUCUACUACGUGCUUGCGGGGUCUGGGGAAGUGGAGAUCGACGGGGUUAGGCACCAUGUUACCGAGGGUAGCAUGCUUUGGAUCCCCGGUGAUGCGAUGCACGGUGUCUUCUGUGGGCCCAAUGAGACGCUCAAAUGGCUGUAUGUCUUUCCUGAAGGCCGUUUCGAGGAUAUCAUCUACCGGUUUAAGUCCGCAUAA